AUGGGAGAGAGAGGGAAAAAAAAGAGUCGGUUUGAGGCUCCUCAGCAAACAGGGGCAGCUGCUGACGCCAUCGCUCUGGCCUCUGUUCCCCGUGGACGCUCAUUUAGAGAUGGCGAAACUCCAAGGAAGAGCGAAAGCUUUGAAUCUGGCCCGGAUGACGUUCCCUCUCCGGAGAAUGAAUGGAGGCGUGUGAUCCCGGGCCUUUAUGAUGUCCAAGAGCCCAUCCAUCGCCAUGUACCGCGGUGUAGAGGGCGCCCCUCGACUGCAGGACAUCCAGUGAAGCAGAUGAAACGCAGCGCUGCACCUUCAGAGAGAGGUCCCGAGGCAGAGUGA